UCUACUUCUAAUUUUAAAGUGAAGGAGAACUUAUAUGAAUGAGACAACACUGCAGUUUAUAUGGAAGCUGAGUCAUCACUAGAGUGGGAAGGGCAGCAGCAGCAGCAGCAGCAGCAGCAGCAGCAGCAAAUCCAAACCCUAAAGUUGAUACCACAAAGUACCAUUUCUCCAAGUUGGGGGCUCAGAGGGGAGCCAUCAUGAGCGAUGUUACCAUUGUGAAAGAAGGUUGGGUUCAGAAGAGGGGAGAAUAUAUAAAAAACUGGAGGCCAAGAUACUUCCUUUUGAAGACAGAUGGCUCAUUCAUAGGAUAUAAAGAGAAACCUCAAGAUGUGGAUUUACCUUAUCCCCUCAACAACUUUUCAGUGGCAAAAUGCCAGUUAAUGAAAACAGAACGACCAAAGCCAAACACAUUUAUUAUCAGAUGUCUCCAGUGGACCACUGUUAUAGAAAGAACAUUUCAUGUAGAUACUCCAGAGGAAAGGGAAGAGUGGACAGAGGCUAUCCAGGCUGUAGCAGACAGACUGCAGAGGCAAGAAGAGGAGAGAAUGAAUUGCAGUCCAACUUCACAAAUUGAUAAUAUAGGAGAGGAAGAAAUGGAUGCUUCUACGACCCAUCAUAAAAGAAAGACAAUGAAUGAUUUUGACUAUUUGAAACUACUAGGUAAAGGCACUUUUGGGAAAGUUAUUUUGGUUCGAGAGAAAGCAAGUGGGAAAUACUAUGCUAUGAAGAUUCUGAAGAAAGAAGUCAUUAUUGCAAAGGAUGAGGUGGCACACACUCUAACUGAAAGCAGAGUAUUAAAGAACACUAGACAUCCAUUUUUAACAUCCUUGAAAUAUUCCUUCCAGACAAAAGACCGUUUGUGUUUUGUGAUGGAAUAUGUUAAUGGGGGAGAGCUGUUUUUCCAUUUGUCGAGAGAGCGGGUGUUCUCUGAGGACCGCACACGUUUCUAUGGUGCAGAAAUUGUCUCAGCCUUGGACUAUCUACAUUCCGGAAAGAUUGUGUACCGUGAUCUCAAGUUGGAGAAUUUGAUGCUGGACAAAGAUGGCCACAUAAAAAUUACAGAUUUUGGACUUUGCAAAGAAGGGAUCACAGAUGCAGCCACCAUGAAGACGUUCUGUGGCACACCAGAGUAUCUGGCACCAGAGGUGUUAGAAGACAAUGACUAUGGCCGAGCAGUAGACUGGUGGGGCCUGGGGGUUGUCAUGUAUGAAAUGAUGUGCGGAAGGUUGCCUUUCUACAACCAGGACCAUGAGAAGCUCUUUGAACUGAUACUAAUGGAAGACAUUAAAUUUCCUCGAACACUCUCUUCAGAUGCAAAGUCAUUGCUUUCAGGGCUCUUGAUAAAGGAUCCAAAUAAACGCCUCGGUGGAGGACCAGAUGAUGCAAAAGAAAUUAUGAGACACAGUUUCUUCUCUGGAGUCAACUGGCAAGAUGUAUAUGAUAAAAAGCUUGUACCUCCUUUUAAGCCUCAGGUAACAUCUGAGACCGACACCAGAUAUUUUGAUGAAGAAUUCACAGCUCAGACUAUUACAAUAACACCGCCUGAAAAAUACGAUGAAGAUGGUAUGGACUGCAUGGACAAUGAGAGGCGGCCGCAUUUCCCUCAGUUUUCCUAUUCUGCAAGUGGACGAGAAUAAGCCUCUCUCAUUCUGCUCCUUCACUGUCACCUUAGAUUUAUCACUGAACAUGAUUCCUGGACAGCACCGCCAGUCCUCACUCUCACAGACAGCAGGGCACCUUCCGACCUCCCAGACCGGCCCAGGUCUCCGCCCCUCGGCACCUCUCACCCCAUGAGAACACACGUACACAGACGCACUCCCGUUUUUGUUUUUGCAUGAAAUUGUAUCUCAGUCUAAGGUCUCAGGCUGUUGCUGCUACCGUCUUACUAUUAUAGCAACUUAAGGAGUAAGUUUACUGUCUGGGGAAGUCUUCAGCCCACCGUUGUUCACUUGUGCACCAAUUGGCAUCUUAAUCUUUGAGUUUUUUGUUUUUGCCUAACAGUGAAGGGUAAAUGAGAUACACUGGUUCUAGGUACAUUUUUUUAACUUUUUAGAAGAUAAAUCAAAAACUAAUUAGACUAAGAAGAUUUAGUUUCUAUAUCCGAACAAGCAACUGUGGGAGGGUGGUGAUGCGUUUAUGCACAGGUUUCGUGAAGUGGAAAGUAAGUGUGUGUCGCUAAGAUGUGGCUGGAAUUUGUUAGGAAGCGUUGGAGAGGACCGAACAGCUGCUAAGAUACACAUACGUAUUCUUAAUUCCUGUUGGAUACUGCAGAGGAAGCCCCGUAUCACACGUGGACGUCCAGAUGUCACGGGCAAUCACGGGCAAGUGGACACUGUUCUACCGAGAAACAGUGUGUACACGGGAUCAGUCACUCACAGGGUCUCAGGAUACACUCUGCACCAGAGAGCAUUUAUUUCCCCUGUGCUUGGGAACCUUUUUCCCUUCUUGAUAUUUAUCACCUCUGAUGGCUGAAGAAUGUAGACAGGUAUAAUGAUCCUGCUUUCACCAAAAUUGUACACCAAGGUAAACCAACAGGAGUUUGCCUUAUUAGUUUUAAUUUUUUUACUUUUUCAGUUCUAGGUGAUUAGCUUUUUCUCAGAUGUUAAAAUUUUGAAUGUCCUUUUAUGAUUUUGUUUAUAUUGCAGUAGUAUUUAUUUUUUAGCGAUGAGAAUCGUAUGUCAUGUUAGCAAAUGCAGCUCCAACUUACAUGGAACAGACUUGCUGCAGUUUCUUUUGGCCCAUGUGCAAGGAAUGUACACGCUGAUGGGAAUCAUGCACUUUUUCUCCUGUGUACAAACAAUUUGAUAAGGCUUUGAAUGGUACAGAUGGAUUAGAACUUGGCUUUGGGGGAAGAGAUGCCAUCAUUUAACCCCUUGGUGCUGAAAAUGAGAAAAUCAGCUGUUCAUUGCCAAGGGGUUAGUGAAACACAUAGUUAUUAUGUUUGCUCACUUGAGAAUUAAAAUAUUAGGGUGACCUGGCAACAUAACGUAAGAAAAUCGAGACCUGAAUGAUGUUAAGAAAUGAACUUUACUUGGCAAAAUGAACACAUUGCAAGCAUUUAUGAAGUAGCUAGUAAAAGAUAAAAGCCUGGUGUGUUUUUUCCGAUCAAGGUACAUUUAUCGCUGAAAUAAGCCAUCAGGGAAAACAAAACAAAACAGAAAGAACACCUCUAGCUUUUCUUUUUCUGUACGUACUCAUGUCUCCAGAUCGCAGUCCUCCCUGAAAGGGGACAUGUAUGCAAACCUCACCUUUAUCCUUCAUUACUGAUGAUCUUCAGAUUAAACCCUUUGGUGCUAGGAGCUGACAUUUUCCAAAGCAGCCUGUGAAGUCCAAGGGGCAGGAGCCCUGGCUGUGGUGAGCAGGAGGGCGUGCGCUCCCUGGAAUGAUCGUGGAGAUGUAUUCUGGUUCAACUCUGACAGCUCCCAAACAGAAGACUGCAUCGUGACAUAGUAUUAGAUUGCUUUGUAUGAGAGAGCAAGUGAUUUCUAAUAGGGUGAAUCACAUCCAUAUGCAGAUGUCUUAGCCUCUUGACGCUGGAAGUGAGGAUUUAUAGCUCUGAAACCACUGCUGGUGGUGGGUGGGCCACUGGGACUGACCGGGGUUAAAGGGCAUUUUAUUAAGGCAGCUAAGACAUACUCAGACAUAGAUUUUAUCCUGAUUUUUCAUAUUUCUACCUGAGUGACAUUCAUCCUUAGUGUUAAGUAGGAAGUUACAGUAAAUGGUAGUUCAUUCUUACAUCUGUACAUUAACUUUUUUUCACUUGGAAUGAUGUUGAAGGUUUCACAAUAACGAGAAAGUAGACUAGAAGGUGUGUCCUUUAAGUUGUCUUGCAUCCAUUUUCUAAGAAAGAAACAGGUGAGAAGAGAGGUGAGACUGGCUGAUGUUCAGAGCACUUGUUCCUCUGGAGGGGAAGCAUGACACUGUACACUAAGCACAUAGCUUUUUGUUUUGUUUUUUUCCCAAAAAAACAAAGUGAUUUCCGUGACCUUGGCCAAGGAUACUUGGUAAAGAUUAAUGACGGGCGUAGACAGUGCCCCAGGCUGGCCCCUCCUCACAUCUGGCCCUCAAGUCCCCAGCCACACGCAGGGCCCUAGUCAGCCUCUCUGAGGAUGUCGGUGUCAAUGAAAGUGUGUUCUUGGCUUCGAUUUCGAGAAUCCCUCCCUUUACUCCCAGAUCUGUCGUCUGGCAUGAAGGCCUAAGACAGCAUAGAAAGGCGUGCAGAGGGAAAUUGUGACACUUCCCUGUGUCGCCCAUAGCUGUAGUUCCAGAUUCUGGCAGGUAGAACAGCCGGAAGCCUGGAAUCAUCCUAUCCAAAUACAGUUCCAACUUCGCAGACUCCAGCUAGUGCUGUUGGGAAGUUUGACCUCUUGUCACAAGACAGCCAUCGUGGGGGAAAUGUGCCCCUUCUGCUUGGGUUACUGGCAAGGGUUGCUCACAGCCUCGCUUUCUACACUAAUUACACAGCAUUAUUCCAGUAUGAUUUCCAUUUCCCACACCUGCUUUCUGGCUUCUCAAAGCAGACUGUUCUUGCGGGGCCACUCGCUUCUAGAGUACAAAAGUGAGGGCCUCCCUUACUCACUGCAGGGUCUGUUUACCAUCCUCAGUGCACACACUUGCUGCUACCGUUUCUUCUGUCUGCAGUAGAGCUCCCUUACCUUGCUCCUGGUAGUGCAUUACAGGCAAGCAUGAAAUGUAAAGUAUUUAUUUAAAUAAAAAGAAAACCUCUAAAUUGGUAAUUGAAUUACCUCCCUGUAGCUUUAUAGUUUGUGACAUUUCUUGACCUUGCUAGUUCUUUCAUUAGAUCUGCGAAAGAUGUGGUCAUCUGGUUAAGGAUUUUAAGCAGACGCAACUAUGAACCCAAGAAACUGUAUUCGUAUUAUUGUUGGUCAUACUAAAUCUGUUUCUUUCCUUAAGUAUAUGACCCACAAGGAUGUGAAAUAACUACAGGAAACUGUUUUGUACACUGUCCAUCCUUAGUAUUUUUACACAUAUAUGGUAGGGAUGCACAUCAUUUCCCUUCGUACAGACAGCGUAAAUAAAGCACUGUGUCAAUCUGCUACUUCUCUGUUUGUUGUUGUUGGAUGUGGUUCUGUAAUCUCAGAAAAUUAAAUACUGUUUUUUGCUAGAAAAGGAAAAGAUUUUUAACAAGCCCAACUUGGUAUUAACCAAUCCAGAAUAAGAUGUGAUAGGAAAAUAUGUAAAUUCGUAGCUUAAAAACCACCUGGGAUUAUUUUUUACUUCAGUAAAAUGGCAAUAGUGCAGUUACACAAACCUUGAUGAAGGGCUACUUCCAGAGGGGAGACACUAGGCUCUCAGCAGUGGGAUUAAGACAUCUGCUGUGAAGCCAGGAACAGAGUAGGUCUCAGACCCAGGAUUUGUUCAGGCCCUAAUCAUCUUCACAACAAAUGGCUUAGAAUCCUUAAGGAGUGUAGCUCAUCAUUGUUGUCUUCCUGAUAACCUGUGGCUCUGCAUACUUCCUUCGCAAGCAUAUAUUUUGAAUACUUCAUGGCAGUUAAUGAACUUAGGGAUAAUAGGUAAUAGGUAGGGUGGCUGGACUGUAGUCUGAUUUAUGUUGACUCGUUCCGGAUGGGGCCUUUUUCUGAUUUUACCUCAUAAAGCUACUGUUGUAGAACUUGGUUCUGCUCCUGUGACUCAACCAGAGAGCAGAAUGGCUUUUGGGACCAGAGUCAGGCAUCUGUGUGUCAUACAGCCAAAUUUGGGGGCAUUCUUAUGUGUGCUCUUCUUUCAAAACCACUGGGGUUGAAGAUCCAGGAGGCUGAAAUAAAAGUGACCUCUAUAAUUCUUUAAGGUGCUAUUUUUAGAAUAUUGUAUAAUUUAUUCACAGUAUACCUAAAACAGAAUUAAGGACAGUUAAAAUAUCCUAUGUGACAGCCUCUGUCUGGCACAUUUGAUGGAGGGAAAACUUCUCUGUAGAAGUCCUGCUGUCUCAGGCUGAGCACUCGCUUGGCAGGCUCCACAGAUGCGGGUGGUCCCUGUGUGGGUCGGGCCACCACCGCAAGCCUAGUGUGUGUCGCCCUGCAGGGCGAGGUGGCCCUGCAGCAGCACCUGUUGACCCGAUGCCGGUGGGGAGCGGGCUCGGCCCAGCUGCAGCCAUGCCCGUGGAGUUUCAUUGUCCUCCUCAGAUACCACAGAAUUUUCAGUGUCCAUUUUUAUUCCUUUAGAGCAUUUGAGGGCUUGACUGUGUAUAGUAGAAAUGCUAUUUUAGACUAAAAUAUUGAUCCAUGUACAGAUAUUUGAUAUACUCUAUAAGUAAAUUUUCUAAUUUCACUAAGUACAUUUGUAGGCUCAAGUAUUGCUGUGGGGGAAAAAAAAUCUGACACCACCGAGCCAAAGAUGCUUUUUUGUCUGUUUUCCUUUUGUUGUUCACAGAAUGGAAAGAACAGUGCUUCCUGGUGUCUCCUGAAUGUGCACACAGUAGUAGGAUGACAAGUAGUGGAUGUUGAUGAAAGGCAAAUAAAGAUGAAGGAUGGUGGGUAGAUCAUAAGGAGGGGAAGAAAACUGAAUGAAGGAAAAAAGUUUGGUCCUUAAUAGACUUUGGCCUAUUUAAAAUAUGUGCCUUUUUGGUGUGUUUUGUUCAUCACUACUA